UGGCCGCGUCGUUCCUGGCAGUUGCGCGGUUACGACUCGGCGGCGGAGCCGGGGCGGGGCCGCGAGGAGAGAGUGUGUGAGGAAGAGAGGAAGGACAAACGAAACUCAGCCGCCGAGGUGAGUGUCUCGGCAAUCUGCGCAUCGCUUAUUGGAUGUACACCGGUUGGACGAGAGACUCCGACGCUUCGAGUCUGCAGAAGGGCGGCGUAUACAGCUUUUCCCCCGAGAUUCAAAGCUGCUGUGAGCGACUACGCACCCGGCGAGCAUGGAGUCAAGACGCACCUUUGCACGGAAAGAAACUGCGGCGGUCGUCACUGUGGCGUGCUUAUUGAUCAUCUCCUUGUCGACGGCUACAGGGCAAGCUGUUGACAGAUGUGAGCCGAGCUGGGUGACGGAUUGCUACAUAAAUUAUAUGGGCUUUUUAUGGCGGGAGGAGUUUAAGCCUACCCCAGAAGGCGAUUACGACGAGGAGGGGCUCAAGAGAGGUUGCAGCCUCAUCAAAGGAAAGCUACCGUGUCACCAACAUCUGGACAAUUGCUCUGAAGCGGUGACUGGUGACCGCAGGAUCCAGGAGAGAGGAUACGAGGAGAUGCGCAACAUUGUCUGCGAUGUUAACUCACUGAAAGAAUCUCACGACGCCAUCAAGUGCUUAAGCAGGGAGAAGUUGGAAGAGUGCGCAAGAGCGUUGAUGCCAACGUCCAAUCCACAAGAUGCCGGGAAGUCACCUGUCCCGACGCCUCGCUGCAACCUCAUCAAAGAAAAGCUACCGUGUCACCAACGUCUGGCCAAUUGCUUUGAAGCGGCGACUGGUGACCACAGGACCCACGAGAGUGGAUACGAGGAGAUGCGCAACAUUAUCUGCGAUGUUAACGCACUAGAAGCAACCCAUAACGGCCUCCAGUGCUUAGACAUGGAGAAGGUGGAAGAGUGCGUAAGAGCGUUGAUGCCAGCGUCCAAUCCACAAGAUGCCGGGAAGCCGCCUGUCCCGACGCUUCGCUGCAAUGAAAAUCCCUCGGAGAUUGCCUCCUUCGACAAGGCAUUCAACUCAUCCUGCAUCCUGUCGACGAAGACGGCCAAGGCAGCAGUGACCAGAGCUGUGAAAGCCGCAGCCCUACUCAAAGGCUACGAGUCAUUUGCAAAUGCAGUCGUGGCUUCCAGAGGGUCUCUUGUCCUGCUGGCUCUUCUACUUAUUCUGAGUUGGUUCAGAAUGUGACCAGCGAACUGACAGAAAUUGGGCGGAAUUUAACGUAUGCUUUACGUAUGCCUAGGCUUAUGCCUAUAGGCCUCCAUUGCUUAUGGUGCUGCACAAUACUGGGCUAUCAUUGCUACCUGGAUGUCCAGCCAGCCCGUAUGCACUUCCCAAUCUAUGGUACGGUGUACUGAGUAACUUAAAUGGGUACUGACACCAAUUUUCAAAAGCGAGUUUACUCUGGCAUCCUGUAUACAGAGACGGCUCUGAGAGAGUGUAAAGCUGAGCGAAUACUGAUCAAUAUUUUAUUUUGAUAUUAGAGCCAAUUUUCUCAUGGCGCACCUUCCAAUAUCGACACUAGCUUGACGUCAGGCUGCAGUACUAAUUCUGGCGAUUUCACGCAACGUUCUCGGUAGUUGUAAUGGCGUCAGGAACCAAUACUUUCAAAAUGGCCGCCUGUGCAUCACCAGCCGAGCCACGGUGCGUAGCGGCCGACUACGUGCCGAGGAGCUCAUAACGCGUUGUGACGUCAGGGUGCAGUAGCAACCGAAACUAGCCUUUAAAGACGUACUGUAAUUACUUUUUAAGGGUACACUCACGCUUAGCAGUGCAUUUUCUAGGCUCUUGAUGGCUUGGCCUUUCUUUCGACGCAAGAAAACGACAACUGAAAAUUUUCGUGUCAGUACCCCUUUAAGGCAGCGUGUUCAUGAAUGGCGUCACGUUGUCGAACGUCUGUCUGUAUUAAAGUUCCUUUACUGAAGCGUCGGGCCAGCGUGACGGAUGCACUUUCUGUACGACGUAAUGGCGACAACAUAAUGGCAGGCCUUUUUUGUGUGUGUGCUUUGUGAA